AUGCCUCCUCAUUUACAUCCUCGCUCGACGGCGACAUCGACGCUUUUCGCCGGCACUCUCAUCGCGUCUUUUGUUGUCGUUGGCAUUCCACACAUUUUCCCCUGCCCUAGACCACGGACGGGCUAUGCGGAUGCAGAAAUCCAGUUAGACGAGGACGGCAGACCCAUCCGGCGGAAGAUGAGACGAGCUCCGAAGGAGGAUUCGUCCGCAUCGUCACCGAAGCAAGAGUCGGCAGGUCUCACAGAGGUGUUGAUGAGGAACGCGGCUGCACGGAAAGGCUUGACACAAUCGAAAGACCUCGAAGAAGAAGCCGCCCUGUUCCGAGACCUGCAGCGUGAAGCAGAGGCACUGGAAAAGGAGGCAAGAGAAUGCCCUGUUCCGAAGCCUAGUGGCGUGAUUGGACGGCUACUGGGGUUCGAAGACAAGAAGCUGGUGGUAGAUAUGGACGGGAAGAGCUAG